AUGUCUGACAGUGCCCUGUCGUACUCAAAUCUCUUUGUCGAUACCGGUUCGGCCGUGACGUUCUUCAAUCCCUACGUGCCAACGCCUACUGCGGUCAAGACGCCCGUCGUCUUCAACGAAACUUUCGGAUCUGGCGAGACAGCCUCUGGCAACGUCUUCCGCGACACCAUCAGCCUCGGUGGAACCGGCAUCAAGCUCAAAAUGGAUUUCGGUGGCGUCACAUAUCCUUCAAAUCCAUACGGUCCUGGUCCCGAGUCUACGAACGGCUACGUAGGCUUCGCGCCUCAAGAGUUGGCCGACGCGGUCUUUGGAUCGGGUGGCGCGAAGCCAGGAGAAGUCAAGACGCUGAUGACCCAACUCACAGCCGACAAGCUGAUCGAUGCCAAUAUCAUUGGACUUGGGUUUGUGCCGGCUGAUCUUCAAGGGCUCGAUGGUCUCAACAAGGGAGCUCUCACUCUCGGCGGCAUCGAUAAGAGUGUCCUCAAGUCAGAGAUGACGUGGACUUCUCGACUUCCACCCAUCUUCACCGCUGUCGGUUUCUCUGCGCAGUAUUGGUCUUUCGCUAUGGAGAUACCUUCGCUCGGGAUAUAUAAGAAGGACGCGACCGCUUCGUACAGCUUUAUCGAUACGGGUGCAACGAUAACGCUCCUGCAGCCAAAAUAUUUCAAACGAUGGUUCAGCAAGAUCGAAGGCGCAACGCUAAGCCCCGCCGAGCAGCUCGUCAAGGUGCCCAGAUCUUCGAUCCACACGAUUCCAGACCUGGAUAUCGUCAUCGAGGGCGUACCCUUCACAAUUCCUGGCAAGUACCUGCUUUUCCCAGAUUCGUAUCUCCGCAGAUACGGAUAUGACAUGUCGACGGCCUGGAGCUAUGUCGCCGCUACGCCCCAGCCUGCGCAGUUCAAUGUUUUGGGUGCCUACUCGCUGGCUCGCCUAUACGUUGCGCUCGACGCACAGACCUCGCCACCACGUAUCGGAUUCGGCAAGACGACUCAUACGCCGCAUCUCACUCGUUUGCGAAGAAAGGACAGCAAGAUGCUGAUCGCCCUACAGAUCAUCAUUGCUGCCGCUUACGUUGCAGAUGCAUCGGUUCUCAAGCUUCGCGUUCACCAUCGCCACCGCCUUCAGUCUCACGGUGGAGCCUUUGUACCGACCAAGAGCUUCAUGGCAAGCAGCUUCUAUACCAAUUUGACGAUCGGUACAACCCAUCCGGUCACCUAUGAGAAUGUUAUGCUCGAUUCAGGCAGUGGGCCGAUAUACGUCAACCCUUACACGCCGGAUCGCUCCGCCGUUGCAAGCAAAGUUGUUCUUGCCGAGGCCUUUUCGGACGGUACUGCCGUAGAAGCAAUCAUGUACCGCGAUCAAGUUGCCGUCGGUGACCUCGCAUUCAACCUCGGCUUCGGCGGUAUCAAAGGAUCAAAGAAUGCUAAGCCUGAUCCGACAAGCCAAGGCGGAAUAAUCGGUCUCGGUCCCCAAGGAUUGGUCGACGACGCUUUGCUCGACGGCGGUGGCAAGCCUGGACAAUUCCUGGGCUUUGCUGCCCAGCUAAAGGCUAGCGGCAUUGUCAAACGCAACAUCAUCGGUCUUGGCUUCACAGUCGACGACUUGAAUGACGCUUUGCCAGCCGACAGACACGGUCUAUACAUCGGUGGCAUUGAUCAUAGCAAGCUCAGAUCGGACAUUGUCUACUCGCCUCGCUUACCCGCGUACAUCAACAUUCACGGCCGCCCGCGAGAAUUUUGGGCCGUUGCAAUGACGAUUCCGUCGAUUGGACUCACAGCAGACAAGAAAGCUGAUGUCUACACCAUCAUUGAUACCGGCAGUACACUCACCUAUCUGAAGGAUCCCUACUUUUCCAAGUGGGCAGAGCCAAUCAAGGGCUUGGCGCAAACGGAUUAUGGCUUCCUGAGCAUGCCCAAGUCCUCCGUUCCCCUCAUUCCAGACCUAGAUUUCUUCAUCUCCGGGCGCAAGUUCUCGAUGCCAGGCAGCUCGCUCGUGCUCAGUGACGAAGUCGCUAAGACGCAAGGUCUCGACACCAAGCUCGCCUGGACUAACAUCCAGCCUUCGCUUGCAACUCAAGCUGGCAACGUCUUUGGCGCUCUGUCUCUGACGAGCUUCUACGUCGUGCUCGAUGCUGACGCGAAGCGUAUCGGUUUCGCAAGAACCGCUGCAUCACCUCUGUGA